AAGUUUUACCUUGACAACAUGUGCUGACCUUGCUGAUUCAUUCUUGCAUAUAGAUAAUUUUCCAAAAGAUAACUUUCAAGAUGAUCCAAGUUUUUCACCUCUUUACCUACACAGCAAUGUUCAACAGCUUUGUUGAUACAGGUAGAGAUUUCAGUCACAGUUGCGUCAGCUUUGUUGAAACUGGAAGACAUUCAAUGAAAAUGAAGGAGUUCGUGAAAAACAAAGCUGCCACAGCCGUUUCAGUUGAACUUCUCGACUAUAAAAGGAAGAUUUAUCAGCAGCGGUGGAAACAUUUGAUCCAGCAGAGAAUACAUCAUGAGGGGUCUGGUGUUUCUGCUCUUGGUGGCUUCAGCCAGCGCCAAAGUCUUCAGCAAAUGUCAAUGGGCCAAAGUGCUGAAGAGUAGUGGAAUGGACGGCUACGGUGGCUACAGCCUGGCCAACUGGGUUUGCUUGACCUAUCAUGAGUCGAGGUACAACACCAGAGCCACCAACCGCAACUCUAAUGGAUCCACCGACUACGGCAUCUUCCAGAUCAACAGCCACUAUUGGUGUGACAACGGCGAGUCAGCUGUUGCCAACGGAUGUAGCAUCAAGUGCAGCGCACUUCUGAGUGAUGAUGUCAGUGUGGCGAUCAGGUGUGCCAAAAUUAUUGGGGCUCGCCAAGGCAUCACAGCCUGGAUGGCCUGGAACACACACUGUCGGGGCCGUGACCUCAGCACCUUUCUCUCAGACUGUAAUCUGUAAUCAAUAUAUGGAACCAGGAGACUGUCAUCUACAAAAAAUUCUCCCAUCUUCAGCUGCUGUGAAGUGAAUCACUUCUGUUAUUUCUAUGUUUGAUCUGACAGAAAUAUAAAAAUCAGGACACCUGGCAAAGGUGGGACAGACCGAAAUGCAGUGAUCAAUAAAUAUUUCAGCAGUAAAUUAGACAAUA